AUGUUUAUCAAUAAUAAUUGCACAGGUAUUAUCACAGAUAAUGAAGUUAACACCAACUGUGAUAAUUUUGAAGAGUCUGUUUGCCACAAACAAAUAUCAAAUGACUUCCCUAAAGAUCAUUUAUUACAAUCAGAUGAUUUUAUCAUAGAUAUUUUGAGGAAUACAAUGAAUGUAAAUGAAUCACAUCUUACGGCUGCUAUUAAUUACUACCGAUCUUGUAUCACAAACUCUAAGGAGGAAACAUCGUCAAGAAAAGAGAAAAUCGUUCAAUUAAUCUCAUCUCUUUUCAACGGAUGGUCAUCGUUACUCUAUUCUGAUAAGAUCUCCUUCAAUAUUAGCAACAAUAUAUCUGAUAAUAAAUUGUUCAGUCUUACCAAUUUAAUUUUACCACUGAUAUUUCAAAAUGGAAAAACAACUAUAUUUUCUCUAAAUGUAGUUCAAAGUAGAAACAAAAGUAUAAAUCCAUAUAUUUAUUUGGUUAACAAUGGAGAAGGAACAGAAGAACAAAUUUUCAAGUUACUAGAGAAUUUUGAAGUGGUGGAAAAUAAGGAAGAAUUGGCAAAAGGUGUUUUCAAUUUGUAUUCAGACAUUAAAAAUGCAAUCCCAUUGCAGAAUGUCGAUAAAGAAGUCCCAUUUGAAAAUCUGAGCCAAAUCUGUUCCGUUAUCGAUUGGAGUUUUUUAUUUGAAAGUGUAUUCCAUGAAAUCAAGUAUGAAUCAUACAAGAAUAUGAAAAUUAUCGUCUAUCAUCCAGACUCCUUGAAGAAUGUUUGUGAUAUACACAGGUUGGCUAUGAAUACAACAAGCAGUAAAAGAAUUCUACAUACUAUGAUAGUGAUAAAUUUCUUAUACAACAUGAGAAGUACCUUAAAUCAAUAUUUCAAAGAGUUUUAUUUCUUUGAUAACCCAAAAUUAUUAGAAAAAACGCCAACAAGUUGUAUUGAUGAGGUGAAAGAAAAUUUCCCAUGGACAAUAGAACGACAUCACGAAUAUUCUAGUAUAAGUGAAAGUAAAAAAAGCGAGGUACUUGAAAUAUUUGAUGAAUUAAAGAUCACUUUGAUUCAAUUAUUAUCAUCGAGUUCAUGGUUCAACGAAAACAAAAGAGGCACUGUUGAUCAGGUUAAAAAUAUUAAUUUAUCGAUAAUUUCAUCGGAAUCAUUGAAUGUGAAAGAGAGAGAGAGCGAAGAUUUUAUAUUCAAUAAUAAAAUUUUAGAAAAUAAUUACUUUAUGAAUGAAUAUUAUUCUCGGAAGACUAAACUCCUCAAAUCAUUUGGCGCAACUUUGGGUAAAUACGAUAAACCAGAAGUCUCCAGUUUCACGCCAUACAUAUCUGGAUUGAACAAAGAUCAUAACAUUCAUAUAUCUACUGGGUUUCUACAUCCACCGUAUUUCAAUGGAUCAUAUUCUAUGUCUGAAAAAUAUGGGAUUAUCGGUUGGAUUAUGGGACGUGAGCUUAUAUCUGCAGUUUCUAGUGACCAUCAGACAGACAAACCAGAAUCAUUUAAAUCACAAAUAUGUUGUCUACAAAAACAAAACAAUUCCCGAGUACUUGGAAAAAAAAAUUUGAGAUCAUUGUCAAACGAUAUUAAUGGGCUUAUGUUAUCCUUUACAACAUAUGGAAGGAUUUGUAUACAAAAUCGUAAAAAUCUAGAUGGAGAAUUGUUUUUCUCAACAUUUGCAAAGAUGAUGUGUGGUGGCUACUUUAAUGAUACGAUUAAUAACAAGUUCAAAUCGUCCAAGCUAAAAUAUACAUUCAGUGUUAAUGACCUUCUGAAACACAGUCAAGAAUUCUCCGACGUAUACCAAUGUCCAGUCGAUUCCAAAAUGAAUCAUGCAGAAAAAUGUAUUCUUUAAAUGAAUGUAGAAGUUAUGUGUAUUAAAAUAUUGGUUUAAAUGUGUCUUCAAUUUUGUAACCAUAUUGGUGGUAAUGUAUUUGUUUAUCUUUUUCAA